GGUGAAGGACCUCAUCUGAAAAUAUAUGAAGCUACAUGUGGAAGACUGGUUACAAAAGAAAGAGUAUUUGAUAACCAACGGAUACACUCUAUCAAACGUAAGUUAUAAAUGUGGAGAAAAAAUGAUGUGCUGUAUACUUAUUGAAAUCCCAUUUUUCCACCGUUGGGAAUUGCAUCUAAUCCUAUUGUCUGAGUAAUUGAAAUUAUUCUCAUUCGGGAUUCAAAUAUUGAGUCACUUGAAUAUCGAGAUGGCGCAACGCAAUGUAAAUUUUCACUCGCAAUUUCGCAAUUUUGCAUCGAAAUUGAGUGGUUAAAACAUUUUACAGAACCAGUGGCAGUUUGCAGACUGAACUCAGAUCGUAUUCGGGCAUUUGUCAGUAUCGCAAUGAUUCCAUGAAGGUGUCAUUUGACAGCUAAAAGCCUGAUCUAUAUAAAUAUACGUAAACAGAAAACCUAUAAACGUAAUAAUUAACACACGAUAACCUCUCAAAGUUGCAUUAUCUUUUCUUUAUACACCCUGUGUAUACACAAUAGAGUCCUGGGGCCGGUUGUAUGAAGGCUGGACAGUGUUAUCUGCGGGAUAGUUCUUUCAACUGUUGUAAAAAGAAACAUACAAAAAUUAUUAAAAGAAAGCCGUACAAAUAGGUAUAAAAGUUAACGUGUUAUAUGCAAAAUGAUAAAAAAUUGUUUACAUAAAAUUGUACAAUUUACAUAUAGAAUUCAAAUGAAACGAUGGCAUACUCUAUUCCAUUCUGAAUGUUCAAUGUCACUGGUACAAGGUGGUGAAGAUUUCGUGUUCGACUGCCUCGUAUGCAAAGGUUUUGCGCUCGAAGCAGGGCAAACGCAAUCUGUUGUAAAAGUUGUACAACUGUUGGUAUACAUCCGCCCUCUCAGGGAUGAAGAUAACGUUUCAUGAUACGCUUGUCAUGAUCGCCUAAUAUCCAAGGGGUCCACAACAUCUCAAAACCUAAUCUCUAUCCCAGAGCGAAAAUGUCACCGUUCAUGCUCAGUGGCCGGUGUGAUAUAAACUUGACCGAUCAUAUUAGGAAUUUAGGCGGGUCAUUGACCGUUGACCGGCCAUUAUUUUGAACCCUGGAGCCUUUGUAGUAGCAAGAUAAUAAAAUUUAUCUGCGUUAUCAGUUUUCUGUGCAUGCCCAGCUUGUAGCUCGAGUAAACAUUCAGUGUGUAAGCAGGUAGCCUACGUGGCAGGCGGAUUUUUUACGGGCAGCGAACAUUAGGGAGGCAAAUGAAAAACGCUAGUGAGCAGGAUACUGGCCGGCUGUCAAAGAAAAAAAUCGUAUGCCUUAUGUGGUGCAUGACAGAAGCUGCAGUGCAACUACAUGCAAGCCUAAAGCGACUUUUCCCUUUGUCGGCAUUGCUUUUGCUAACGUGAUAACAACCUCGUUCCCAGGGUAUCUCCUGAACGUGAUAAUUAAUUGCACUAGUUACCAAGCUGAUGGUGUAUUUAUACGAGUAUAAUGGCUUGGUCACAUUCACUAUACUCAUUGAAGUACAAGUAGCAUGUACCUAAAAUAUCCUGAUUUUCGUAUAUAUAUAAUUUCUUAUUACUAAUUGUGGUAUUUAAUUUUACAGUUUAUGAUUCAAAUUUUGGAACAAGAGUGAUCGUUUGUGGUGGAAGAAUUGUGAGUGUUUUGAAUGUGCAGAAUAAUGAAUCCAGCAGGUACAUACAGGGUAUCUUAUCAUUUAAUAUGCUUGCACAUUCACCUGCUGCAUAUAAGGAAAACAUAAAUUAAUGGUUGUAGAAUAUCAGUUAUGCCAUCAUUUGAUAAAUAAAGCUUGCAUGCAUACGUGUGCGGGCGGAAAAAAUUAGGGUGCCGGACAAAAAUUAUCAUGGGUUGAAUGAUGUAUUAAAUUGGAAGUUAAUUUGAAGAAUAUACAUCUCCAAAACAGACACACAGAUAUUCGAAGUCAAUAUAUCUUAUGAUGAUCAAUAAAAUAAUAUACGCCGGCAAAAUAUAAAAUUGAACUUUCAUAUGUGUUACUACAGUAUAUGAUCAAUACCAUGAUAAGAUACUCGUAUACUGAGGCGUCUCCCAGCCCACUUGUCUUGUAUGCCUAUGAAAAUUUGUCAAGGGAAAUAUGUAUACAUACUAGCAAGUCAACUAUAUGGUCAACUGAGGAAUAGGCUACUCGCUCGUCUGUUCAGAAUUUCACAUUAAUCUGUUGUUACAUUGACCAUACAAUGUGCAUGUAACAACAUAUUAUAUAAUAACGUUAGGAAUUCAAGCGCUUUCAUUGGUUGAGAGCCAUGAUCUUUUUGAGGAUAGACGCAAGUAAUUACGUCACACAAAACAUUGUUCUGUGCAACCAAUCACAACACAGCACAUGAUUUAAGGUAGCCAAUAGCAUUCCCUUAUUUGUAUAGAUCAUGUACGCGUGAUAUUUGUGCAGUAUGACAUCAUAAGACAUAAGUGUAUAUAUAACUGCAUGAACGGACAAAGGGCGAAAUCUUAUUUAUUUGUUAAUUAAUUAAUGAUUAUGUUUCAGUAAAAUUCAAGCAAUCACUGAGGUUUCAUUCAGUGACUGGAUUUGGGAUAUAUGUUUACUGCAAGGAACAACAGAAGACUCUCAGUGUGUAGCUGUAGUCACUGGUCAUAAUGCAGUGUGGAUAUGGAAUUUUAACGAAAACAAAAUGUGGCAAGUAUCCCAGUGUGAGGAACAGUGUAUUUUGUAUCCUUUUCAAUUGAACGAGUUCUGUGUUUAUUCUAAAUUUAAAUUUCUAACCUGAAUGAGCGUACUAUGCCUUACGAGAUUACCAUGUACUUUAUUGAAAUCUCAAACUUAGGAGUGGAGUGUACUAUACCGUGUGGGUACAGUCUGCAUGGAACUACUGUUUCUGAAAAAGGACUGCAAAUUUAUGAAAACAAAUUCUUGGUUUACUGUAUUUACACCAUACUGUAUAAUGCCAUUUGAAACAAUCAUGUGGCGCAGAUAAUGCGCAUGACUGCAAUUUCUCGACAUACACUGUAGGUCCAAAGUAAUUAAAAAACCACCUUGAAAUACGAACAAUGAGAGUAAAUAAAAUAUUGAUAAAUUAGAAAUUAAAUUGAAUUUAUGAACCAUGUUAGAACCACCUUAUGGAAAAUCUGACCAUAUAGCAUAUGCUACAGUUGCAAUGGUCUGAGUCAUAUGCCCAACAACUAUUGCUUAAGG